AUGGCGGCGGCGGCGGCGGGCGCCGGCGGCCGGGCCGCGGUGCGGGGGCGGCGGCGGCGGGGCCGGUCCGCGGCCGAGGAGGAGCAGGACGCGGUGGUGCUGUCGGUGGCUGAGUGCCCGGUGUGCCGGCAGGCGCUGGUGGAGGCGGUGACGCCGCCCUGCCGCCACUCGCUCUGCCUCGCCUGCUUCCAGCGCUGCCUGCAGGGCCCGGGCCUCUGCUGCCCGCUGUGCCGCAGCCGCCUCUCCACACGGGCCCGGCGGCAGCAGGCCGAGCCCGCAGCCACCACGGCCGCCGGAGCAGCAGGCGGGGAGCAGCGGCCGCCGGACCAAGACUUUAUAUUCAGAGCACCCAUUAAAUUAAGCAAAACAGGGGAACUCCGAGAAGAAUAUGAAAGCCAGCUAAGGAAGCUGAGAGAAGAGAAACUACAAGAAGAAAAGACAUCUGAGGAUCUGAUUAACAAGUUCAUUCUAGAUGACAUGGAUGUAGGGAAAAGAAAAAUGGAGGAACAGCAGAAAAAAGAUGAAUCUGUAGUGCUGAAAGGGAACCAAGAGUGUUUUCCUGAACGUCUCUCGGAUUCCGAGAAUGAAGAACCAUUCCAGGGCAAGCAAACACAUCGGUCAGCUUUUGUUUCCAAGACCAGUGCCUACUCCUUUGCUUUCCUUUCAGGGAAUUUAACCACCAAGGUGGAAAGGAGUCGGAGCUGCAAUGACACCAUUCAGGAGAGAUCCAAGAGCAGGCAGAGAUCAGCCCCAGCCACCAAAACAAAGGUGCUGCCCAUCACCGGCGCGUCGACGCCGCUGCUUGGGGUGCUGUCGUCCACGCAGAACAACCGCUGCCUGUCCGCCCCGGACCUGACAGCCGAGAAGCGCCUGGUCCUCAACGCCGUGUCCUCCCUGUCGGCCCUGCACAGGCCCGAGCGAUCCAUCAGCCCCGAGAGCAAUGACAGCAUCUCGGAGGAGCUCAACCACUUCAAGCCCAUUGUCUGCUCCCCGUGCACUCCCCCAAAGAGGCUUCCCGAUGGCAGAGUCCUGAGCCCCCUCAUCAUCAAAUCCACCCCCAGAAACCUGAACCGCAGCCUGCAGAAGCCAACCACCUAUGAGGCCAGUCCUAGAAUACUGAAAAAAUGGGAGCAGAUAUUUCAGGAGCGUCAGAUCAAAAAGACUCUCUCUAAAGCGACCCUUACGUCCUUGGCUUCGGAGCCCGGGGAAGACACCGUGGUUCCUGACAUCACCAACUCCAGCAGUUGCACUAAAGAGCAGCCACAAGUGCAGGAUGAUCACCUUCCACCUGACACUACAGGAGAGCCUCGCGCUGAGCUGGAUUUCUUCCCUUCUGUCAGUGAAAUGAAGCUGGGAAGAGGGAGUGAGAAGAGCAGAAGUUCACAGGCCUUAACCACAGAUGACGGUGCUGAUGAACCAGAUGUGAGAUCAAACGUAACCGCCCUAAACACACGAGUGUCUGAAGUCCCUGACCUAAAAGUGAAUACAUUCAUGGACAAAUCCUGUCUUAGUCUAGGCCCAAAAAUGCUGAGCAGAAGACUCAUGGGUGUCAGCGCCUCACUGCCUGACACCAGCGCGCUCGGAGUCCCCAUCAAGCCGUCGGGGAAAAAGCAGCUGAAAUACCUGAACAACAGUGAGUUGAUCAACGUACAGAACAGCACUUGCAAUUCUGUGGAGAACAUCAUCGGGGAGCAGCCCCCGCUGCUGCGGCGGGGCCGGAAGAGACGCUGCAAAACAAAGCACUUGGAGCACAACGGCUCCGUCAAAAGACUGAGGCAUGUGGCAGGGGAGGUGGGCCUGCCUCCAGAGGUUAGGGACGUGGAGCAGAAGCUCCAGCAAGAGGAGGAGGACAGGAGGUUGGCCCUGCACCUGCAGCGGAUUUUCGACAGCGAGAACAGGACAGUGGAUAGGCGGAAAGUCCGCGUGGAUCGGUAUCUGCUGCGGUCCAAGAGCACUCUGGGUGCCAAGUAGCACUGCUGGACGAUGUUGCCUUUCUAGAGGACGAUGAGGUUUAUCAGAUUAUCUUAUAGGAAAACUAUUUUUUGCCCUACUUCCACCCAUGCAAUUGUUUUUUCAUUUCGGUGGUAAGACAUUUCUAGGUCCAGUUCAGAGAGAAGCCAGAGUCCUUUCAGGUUUUUUUAAAAAUAAACAAAAAAAAAGAGAGAAUGAGAAAAAAAAAAUCCUCCGGUCCUCUCUGGUCCGUUGGUCUGAAGGAAUUGUCUGUCAUCCCUGUGAAUACUCUGCAAGACCUCCACACGCAGUCGGGCACACGUGCGAUCAGGCCACAUCUGGUUGUGGGGUCCGGCUCUUAUCCAUGCUCCGUGUUUCUUCUGGGAAGUCCUAAACAGAGCCCCCCCCCCAGUACUUCCAAAUGAAUGUAUCUCACUGUCUGCACCAGUACUACAGAUCAUUUGUCACUUUUCUGAAGCAGAAGGCCAGAUACAGUGAAAAGAAAGACCUGAAAUAAGGAUUUUACUGAAAAACCUGAUAGGGACUUGUAAUUUCAUGUUCGUGACAGGGGAGAGAGCUCAGGUGGAGCAGCUGGAGCCACACGCUGAGCACUGGGACCCAGGGAGCUUUUCUCCCAGACCAUGUCUUUUCCAAACCAAGAGGGUCUCCUUCCCUAUGAUAUUGAAGAAAGGGAAAGGCCAGCCAGGGAGUUUCAGGAUGGAUGUCGAGGAAGGAUGUCCUCCCAGCUGACACGUCCCCUGCUCGGUUCAGAGCUCUCUCAGCACACCUAAGGCCUGUCCUUGCAUGUCCCGGAGGAGCAUCCCAAGUGAUCCGGCGCAUUGCUGUGCUCUCCAGGCACCCAAUGGGACGGGAGCCCCGCUGCCCCAGUGCGCUGCCCUGCCCUGCUCCAGCUCCCUGCCUUCAGGUUCAAACCACUAAGAAAGCUCAGGUGAGCAAUGCACUAAAAACUUCCACUUCCAGGCAUGAAGUGGGGCCUGGAGCAGAGCUGGCUCAGAGCCUGGGCUUGGUGGAGCAUGUGUUCUCUGCACAGAUGUGGCAGGCCACCCUCUGAGUGUUUGUAACACUCUCCCAUGGAUUCAUUUCAUGGAUUAUUUCCAGUAUGUAGCUUGAAAAGUAGCGUUCCAGCUCAAUCCUUGACAGCUGCCUUGCAGAGUAUUCACUAGGACCCUCGGAGCCCGCGGGGACCUUUGCCCAGGGCGGGGGCUGCAGCAUUACCCAUCCUGCCCCCACCGUGUGCCAGGUGGCAGGGAUGUUUUUGGGAUGAGCACAGUGCUGGGGCAAAAUUCCCUAGGGAUGGUGUGAAGGGAGGGCAGCCAGUGCACAUAAAUAGACGGAUCUGAUCUAAGACAACAGCAUUGCCCAAUUUCCUCUAUCUAAAAAUGGUUUAAUUUUCUCCCUCCAUCUUAAGCGGUCAAAAACAAAAGAGGAACUGGUUUUCUUUUUCACUGCAAGGACCCUGGCAGGUUUUUUUUUCCUAUUUGAACUGGAUUAAAAAAAAAGAAAAAAAAAAAAUCUUAUAUUUUAUUGGGUAAAAUUUAUAUAUUUUAAAUACUAUAUUUCAACAGAUCGACACUUUUGUUUGGAGAAAUCUUAUAGCAAUGAUUCCAUAAUAUAUAUCUCUAUCUCUGUAUCUCCUUGCCACACAAACUACUGGAUGGUUAAAGUUGUACCUGGGGCUGGUGACACCUGGCCUGCUCUGCCUUCCCAGCGUUCCGGGCCCUCUCCUGCGCCGCAGCCUUGGCAGGUGCCGCUUGAAGCAGGCGCUUUUGACCCAAACCGAAUCCUGCUCCUCUUUCCAGCUGUGAAUUAGAAGGAAAUUAAAGAAUUAGAGCCUUGACUGGACCUAGAAGAACAGCGCAGAGAGAAGUAGUGACGGCCUGGAUCUGCCCUUGGAGCUCAGGAGGGAAAGCCACAGCUUUAACUUGGAAUCCGUGCUGUUUUUCCCAACACUUGGAGCUAAAAUAUGCACUUCCCAGGUGCAUUUAGAUUGAGAAUUAUUUUUACAGGCCCCCUUCUCUGCAGCUCAUCCCUGGAGCCCCAAACAGACUUCCCUAAGCAGUUUCCUUUUUUCUCAUGGUGUUUGUGGGGGUUCAGCCAGGCCUGGGCUGCUUACACUACAAAAAAAUAGAUUUACACGCUGAAUGUAUCUUUUCUUUCCCCUCUUUAAACAGAUUUCACAGCCCAAUGCACUAGGCCAGUGUCUUAAAUAUCUUCUUUUGAAAAGAUUUUAUAAAUAUUUUGGGGUUUGUGUGUUAAUUUCCUGGUUCCAGGUCCAAGCUGGGCAGAAGUGCAGGAGGCAGUGCCUGGGCUGGAGCUUGUCCCCAGCCAAAAAAACCUUCAUGGGACCCCUCGUGCUCCCAGCUGCCCCCAAAGCAGAGAUCCCAACUCCCCAAGCAUCGUGCACGGGCCAUGGCAUCUGCGUUCAAGGAGACCUUUGGAUGUGGAAUCACAAUCAUGUGGAAGGGUUGUGGCGAUGCAAAGCCGGGAUGAAUGUUUUAUUAAUUUAACACUCUCGAAGUUUAGGUAAGCUUGCACAAAACAACAAAAACUGUAAAUAAUUACACUCAAAAGAGCAGGAAUUCUCAGCCUCUCCCCUGUAAAGGUCAGGAAUGACGCCACCUUUGCCAGAAAUCAUGCCAGCUGAGAAGGAAAACACCUCGUGCUGAAUGGUGGAUGCAGCACAAGAUUAAACCAAGUAUUUAUUCACACUUCUCUGAAAGUCCUUUGUAACCCUCAGCUGCCUUCCCUCCGGGAUGAAGGCAUUCCUUGCUGACUCUGGGACAGCAUGGGCAUGGGAGUGUCCUCCCAAAAUGUGAAGCUGUCUAAUCCGGAGGGGCUGGGGUUGGUUCCGUGACAGAAGGACUGUGUCUGCCAAAGAUGCCACCGACUCCCAGAAAGUUGCUUUCUGACCCUCUGGGGCUCUCUGCCUGGGAAAAACCGUAUGGAAAGAUCUGUGUUUGGAGUCAGCGAGAUCAGAUAAAUGAAGGAAAAGUGCCAAAAGGGAUCAUGCCAGGUGAUUGUAUGACGUUGUUCUAUAUUGUCAGUAUUUCUCUUCCAAUGCUAUUGUACAUGCAGUGCACAGUAGUCAUGAAGUGUAGCUUGAACAAGCGCUUCUUUGUAUUUUCUCAGUGAAAGCAAAGGGGGAGAUCGAAGCCUUAAAGACUCUCACUGAUUUUAGAAAACAAGCCUUUAGCAAUGCUCCGAGGGCAGGGCUCCGCCUGGGCCCUCCGACAGCCCUGUCCUGCCUCCCGGUUGUCCAGCAGAAGGUUGGCAAAGAGUUUGUCCCACACACGAGGGGAAGCGUUUCGGGAGAACCUGGACCCUCUUGCCCGGUGGGGGAUGCAAGACAGAAACGACCCCCUGUCCGUGGUGGAGCCCCGCGGGGUGUCCCGGGGAUGGGAGCUGGGAUGAUCCCCGCGUGCCGCACGCGCCUGACACCACCCUGUCCCCUCCCCGCGUCCCUGCAACACCGCGACGCAUCCGCUCCAGAGUUAGCUCUUCACUAUGCAAAUGGGAAAACCUUCAGCUGGUCACGCAUGGGGGUGUGCGCCUGGUUUCCUUGGGAUUUGCUGUCAAACUGUUCAAAACCGACCUAGAUGUCGCUACACUUUUUCUCCAGUAACGCUUUCAAUCGUUGUGCUUUCGUGUUCUCCGCGUGCCAGCAGAGCACCGGCUGGUUACAGACUCACGGUCGUUCUGGUCUCAGCUGCACCCCCGUGGCUUCACCUGAAUGUGUUACCCAGCGAUGGAAGGCACCAAAGGACCGCUGACUUGCAUGUGUGAAAUGUGUGAGUGGAAUGACAUGCAGGCGUCUGUCAUGUUGUGGCUUCUGUUGUUUGAAACAGAGUAAAUCCUGCUUGUGAAACAAUUGUCACAAACCAGAAAUAUGCCAACAAAUGUGUACAAAUAACAGUGUUCGUUUUAACAGCAACCAGGACUUGAACUGCAGGGCAAAGGCCGAGGUUCAAACGGAAUAAAACCAGGUUCUGACAGUGAAA